AACCAGCUCACGGCCUUUUGUUUACAAUCGAACCACUGCGAAAGGCAGUGGAAUAAUUUCGUCGACCAUGAGGAUACGGAAACACGUGCUGCCCCGCACGCUGCAGGACGUGGUUGCGACCGCCUUUAUGGCCGGCAUCAUCCCGAUCACCUUCUGGUUCGAGGUGUACGUCGUGAUACCGGGCAUCCAUGGGUCCGACUCGGUGUACAACUGGGUGCACUUCGUGCCCGCCGUCCUGCUGCUGUUCAACGUAACGGCCCACAUGCUCGCCACCAUGCUGUGCGAUACUAGCUGCUCGACCGAGCUGAUCCAGCUGCCGGCGGCAAGCGUGCCCACGGCCGGUGCCGGGACCGGCCUCGGCUCCAAAUCCUGGCAUCUAUGCGCGACUUGCGAGUUCAUCGCGCCGCCCCGCUCCUGGCACUGCGCCAGCUGCCGGACGUGCAUCCUGAAGCGGGACCAUCACUGCGUCUUUACCGGGUGCUGCAUCGGGCACAAGAACCACCGCUACUUCAUCCUGUUCGUGGUGUACCUGUUCAUCUCCACGCUGUACGCCAGCGUGCUGAACAACUACUUUCUGUGGUUCGUGCGGGGCGAGGAGUUCCGGAACUGGACGUCGCUGGUGAAGAUCGUGUUCCCGCUCGCGAUGCUACUGAUCGACACGUCGACGAAGCAGUACUAUCUGGUGAUCUAUCUGAUCAACAUGGUGGGCGUUAUGUUCACCGGCGUACUGCUGAUCUACCACGGCCGGCUCAUCCUGAGCGGUGCGGUCGUGCACGAGCGAAAAGCACCGGAGUACGAUAUGGGCCGGGCGGAAAACCUGCGGAUGGUGCUGGGCAACCGGUGGUACAUUGCGUGGCUUUCACCGUUCGUUGCCAGCGAGCUACCGCACAACGGUGUCAACUGGGAAACGCUACAGAAGCAGACACUUAAGAGUAAGUAGCCGGAAGGAGGCAGCAAGUUCGGAUCAAUUGUACAAAACCAAAGUACUAGCGGGGAAUUGGUACAGCCAUUGAUAGCAUUUAAGGGACACACACGCAGUUUGUAGUUAAAAUAAUCAUUUACUUUAAUCGUUUUAUAAACCAAUCACCCACACAUCA